ACCGGCCGCCCCUGAUGACGCCGCUCCGGGACACCGGCUCUCCCUUUUCCUCCUCCGCCGGAAACUAACCCCUACCAGCUCCUGACCUCCACGCGGGAAGACGCGAGAGGAAGAAUUAGAGCAGGGCGCGCGUUGCCAUGGCGGAGGAAGAGGCGGUGGUAGAUCGACCCCCGGUGGCUGAGGCCUCACCGCCACUCGCGGCCUCGCCAGAUGCAUUAAAUGGUGAUAGUUUUAAGAAGCCCUUACUCCCCUUGGCUCCAUUGCAGAAGAAAGAGAAGACUGUUCACUCAAGACACUCAUCAUCCAGCACAGAAACAAGUGAAGGUGUCAAAUUCACUGAGGUGCCUGUAGAGAAUGAGGCGGCAGCUGCAGACAGCUUUGUGGUGCAGAAGCAAGUUGCUCAGUCUAAGUCCGAAGAAAAUUCUAUAGAAGAUCAGCCACUCAUCGAAAAUCUUCAUCCCAAAUCUGCAUUGCCAUUGAUUAAGUCCAGGUCUGUUCCCAGCUUACCUUCCGACAAAUACAAAUCUUGUCCACCACUUCCAUACGUGGAACCACCGUGGGGAGGAUUAGCAGAAGCUCCCUACAGCUUUGAGGUCCUCAAGAAUGGCAGCAUAGUUUCAGAUAUCGGCCUGAAUUUGAAGAGCUUUUAUGUUGUUGGAAGGCUUCCUGUCUGUGACAUCUCUCUCGAGCAUCCUUCCAUUUCCCGCUACCAUGCCGUCGUGCAGCACAGGCGAGUGGCUGAUGAGGAAAGCAGCACAGGGUUUUAUAUUUAUGACUUGGGAAGCACACAUGGGACAAUGGUUAACAAGGAAAAAGUGAAGCCUAAAAGCUACCACCGGCUUAAAGUUGGCCACAUUAUUAAAUUUGGAGGGAGCACGAGACUUCUGAUUUUACAGGGGCCAGAAGAGGAUGAAGAAGCAGAAUCUGAAUUCACUGUAACUGAACUGAAACAAAUCAGCCAGCAGCAUGAGCAGCUGGAGAAACGAAUGCUGGGAGAAGAUUCGGAUGAAGAAGAUAAUGUCUCCACUGAGUCUGUGGAGCAGCCAAGGAAGCUUGUGACUGAAGCCGCCUCUGGGUGCACGUGGGGAAUUGUGGAAGAUGCUGUGGAGGAUGAAAGUGAAGAGAACCCAUAUUCCAUUGAAUUCCAAGAAGACCGAGAAGCAUUUUAUAUCAAAGACCCCAAGAAAGCACUUCAGGGCUUCUUUGACAGAGAAGGUGAGGAGCUUGAAUACGAGUAUGAUGAGCGAGGCUCUGGUACUUGGGUCUGCAGAGUCAGGCUACCAGUCACUGAUGCAGUAGGAAAUGAGCUUGUUGCAGAAGUAACUCAUGCUGGCAAAAAGAAAGAAGCCAUGGUUCAAUGUUCACUGGAGGCCUGCAGGAUAUUGGAUGCCAGAGGUGUUCUACGCCUGGAAGCAGUUUCUCGAAAACGCAAAUCUAAAAACUGGGAGGCAGAGGAUUUCUAUGACAGUGAUGAAGAUACCUUCUUAGAUCGGACAGGAGUUAUUGAAAAGAAGCGAUUUAACAGAAUGAAGAAAGCAGGAAAAAUAGAGGAGAAAGUGGAGACUUAUGACUCACUGGUUGCCAAGUUAGCUGAUGUGGAGAGAAAACUGUCUGAUAUUGAAUCCAGUUUGAAGAUAUCUGGCAAAGAUUGUUCACAGCCUUCAGGGGAAGAUUCACUGGAUGCCUUCAUGACAGACAUUAAAAUGGGUUCUGCCAUGGAUAGUGUCACUCGUAAAAAACUACACAUACAGUCUUUUGAGCUGAAAAAGGAGCAGCAAAGAUUAUGGAAACUAAUAAAGAUUGUGACGCCAGUUGGUCUACCAGAGCUAAAAACAAAGAUUGCUGGACAAACUGGAGACACAGAGACCAAAGCUAAGAAAAUUGCUGUUCCUAUGUUUGGGGCAAUGAAGGGAGGGAAAAAAUUCAAACUGAAGACAGGCACCAUUGGGAGACUACCACCAAAACGUCCUGAACCACCCAGUAAUUUAUUUAACAUGAAGGAUAGUCAAGCUUUUGAGGCUGAGGAGGAGGAGGAGGAAGAACAGGAACAAGAGGAAGUAGCUGAAGAAGAGGACAAGCCAGAUAGCAAGACUCAAGAUCAAGAGAUGGAACAGCAGCCAGAGCCAUUUCAUUCCAAAGAUUCAUCAAAAAAUCACAGCCAGGAUAAAGAAAUAGCUUUGACCACUCAGUGUGCCGAGGAAGGUGAGACAGCCAGAGCUCAGUCACUGGAACACCAAGAAGAUUGUAAGGACCUUCCGUCUGAGGAUUUGUCAACAGUGAUAACGGAGUCCAAGGAUAUGAAAAGUCAAGCAAAAUCUGUGAAGAAGAAAAUGUAUGGUCCAAAAAAACCACCUCAAGAACUCACAUCGGAACACUACCCUAGUGAUGAUCCUGAUUACUGUGUUUGGAUGCCCCCUACAGGUCAAACAGGCGAUGGGAGGACACACCUGAACGACAAAUAUGGCUACUGAAGGCUUGAGGUGGAUGUGCAUCCCGAGGGCUUUCACCUCAUCGGAGGAUGUUUGAAGAUGGGCUGUGCCACUACCAUCAUGUUUGGAUUUGGGCAGUGAUGCUUCCCCAAUGCCAUUUGGACUCCCGCUAUGUGUAAAAUUUCCAUUGACUUUGUACAAUUACUGCCACUCUGGAGACAGGAGAGUAAAUCACAGUCUUUGCCCUAUGGGCCCUCACAGACAGGAUGUAGCAUGAUGGGGAACAAGUCCACACCAGUAGUUUCUGACAUGGUUAUUGACAUUAUAGCCAAAGUAUCAACUUGAACACUUCCGCCACUGUCUAUCCCUACCCAUCAUCUCGACAUAUAAAGUGGGGGCAACGUGAGAUGAAAUUGGAACCCUGCACUUGGUGCAUGGGGUAAUCAGGAAUCCCUGCCCUCUCAAGCUGUAAGCAGAGACUCAGAAAUAUUUACAGCAGCAGCUGGUUUGACAAAGGCAACAGCUGACAGAGUCUAAUUGCCAGUAGUGCUGCAUUCCCGCUGCAUUCCCACUGCAUUCACCAGUGGAAAUCUGGAAUGAGAUGUCUACAAUAAGUAACCUAAAGUAUGCAGUGUAUUUGUUUCUGGUUAUUACAUGUGCUAUUGUUUCAACACUCCCAUGAUUUCUUCAGUGCAUGUCCAUACUUUGUAACAGGAAUGUUUGGGUAUAAUGAGUGAUGUUCUGACCUGGCUCUCUACCAAAAGCCUUGUUUAUGUUGGAAUUUCUUGCCAUGUGUCAUUGGCCAUUCUCCCAAUACUAAUAAUAGAGGGGCGUCUGUAGUUCCUGAAAUCUAGUCAGAAAACUAUCUUUGUAUGCAUGCAUAUUUCAUCAACCAUGUUGCGUGGUCACUUUUAAAAGGAUGAGACCAUCCUACUGCUCUGUUACUC